AGGUCAUCCGUCUGUACUGUAAUGUCUGAUUCGGGGAUAGAGAGUGAAGAGGGGACAGGGGCUCAGGGUGCAGCCAGCAGUAUCGGGAGGCGAGCAGGACUCGUCGUCACGUGUGUCCUCGGCGGCUCCCUGGUCGCUCUGUACGCUGUAGCGGGACCGUUCGUUGCUCCGGCGCUCAGGAGGGUUUGUCUCCCGUUCGUCCCUGCUACUCACACUCAGGUCCAGAAUGUCCUCAGCGCUCUGAGGUCAAGACCAGGGACCCUUGUGGACAUCGGAAGUGGUGAUGGACGCAUAGUUAUAGCUGCAGCGAGAGAGGGUUUCAAGUCCGUCGGCUUUGAGCUGAAUCCGUGGUUGGUGUGGUACUCGCGUUACAAAGCAUGGAGGCAAGGGGUUCAUCGCUACACCUCUUUUUAUAUCUCUGACCUGUGGAAGGUCAGCUUUUCACAGUACACUAAUGUCGUCAUAUUUGGAGUUCCACAGAUGAUGGAGCAGCUUGAGGCCAAGCUUGAGGCAGAGCUUCAGCCUUCAGCCCGAGUGGUGGCCUGCCGUUUUCCCUUCCCCACAUGGAUUCCUGAUCACAUGACCGGAGAGGGAAUCGACACCGUCUGGGUAUACGACGCCAAAACUUUCAGAUCUCGCACAACAACUGCAAAGCUGCUGAACAACAGUGAAGACAAGAGUUGGUUAUGAUGAAGACAAUCAUGCAUUAAAGUAUAAAGACUUGAAACAUUUCUCUGCUAGAAAUGUUUACAGAGAUGCUUUGUUCAUUUUGUUUGUUUAAAUUCAAGCAUACUACAGUAAAGAAUUGUAAUAAAAUAGUAUCUUUAUGGUUUA